GCAAGAGGUCCGGACGUGACAUAGCUGCACAUCAUCUCUCCUCUCUCUCCUCUUCUCCUCAUCUUAGUCACGUUACUUACCUCCAGACAUCUGCAGGUACCGGUCAGAAACAAUGUGGCUGAUCGUGCUGGCCACGUUACUUCACCGCGCCUCGGCUUACGACGUGGACCUGAAGAAACUGGACGGGCUGGCGAAGGCGAGGGUGGAGACGUGUGGUGGAUGACAGCUGAACAGGCUCAGUGAGGUCAAAGCCUUUGUGGUCCAGGACAUUCCUCGUUACCAUAACCUGGUGAUGAAGCACAUUCCUGGGGCCGACCCUGAGCUUGUCCUCCUGAACCACUAUUUUGAAGAGCUGGAUCGGAUCGCCCUGUCUGACAUGACUCGCUCUGAUAUCAACAAGCUGCUGGGCGAGCUGGGUUUCUACAAGAAGAGCGAACCUGAGGACGAGGUGCCUGAGGAGUUCCGCUUUUCUCCUGCCAAAGACAGCCCGUUUAAAGACGAGCCGCCCUACAAAUCCUCAAUUGCCUCCCUUGCCACAGACAACGCCUCCUCAGAGCCCAAACAGGAAGCCCAGCAUACCGACCUGUAACCUGUCACAGUGGUGGAAAUUAAGAAUCUCACAGUACCAUUAAGCCCCAUAGCUACUCCACGACCAGCUGGUUAAUGCAGUUGAUGACAGAAAUGCUUGUAAUUUCAAAAUAAGACCAGCAGAUCAUGGAUCAGCCUUUAGGCAAGGGCACAAUCUCAGCAUUGGCAAAAGGCCUUUAAAAGCUCCACAGUCUGAAUUUGCACAUAUUGUUCUUGCCGUUUGUUCUUAAUUUAGCAGCAAUAAUAACCCAACGCGCUGCUUUGUGAGUGCUUUUCUACUCUCUACAAAAAGACUGGAAGUGUGUAUGUUGUAUUUUGAUUUUUGGUCCAUCAUGUGUCAGCUGUCUUCAGAAUAUUUGCCUCACUUGAGUUCCCCUUGUGUGUCUGAAUGCUUCCUUCCUACUGUGAAACCGUAUGAAACCUCAGGCUGAAAACUUUCUUACUGGCCUGAGGCUGAUGCUACAUGUUCUGGUGGGUUGGACUGAUGCACACAAGAGGAUGCAAAUGGAGGAAAAUAAUAAAAUAUUAAA